AUGUCUGCCACAACGAAUGCGCUCACUUUGCAAAAGGAUAAUCGAUACACAACGUUUGCAGAAUCCUCCAUGCUUUCACCACAAUCAUCAUACUCAACCUUUCAACCACGGCCACCAUCAAUCUUUAUGGCAGAUUCCCAAAGCAUCAUCAGCCAAGAAGGGGAAACCAAAUUACCGAAAAAUGCACCUUCGAAAUCUAGAUUUAAAAGAUGGAACUUCAAGCCUUUAGCUAUUAAGCAACAAAUAGAAACAAAAUUGAAAAGAACCAAUUCUGCAAAGUCUAUAAAUUCAAACAAGUCAGUAGAUUUUGCAAAUGGUACAAAACCAAUGACUAAAUCAAAUACAUCCACUACAUCAACAUCAACAACAACAACAACAGCAAUAGCAACAGCAAUAGCAUCUAAACCCAGACCUAUAAAAUCCAUGCUCAGUCCUUCUUCUCCCUUAUCUACAGCAGAAUCAAAUAGCUCGUUUGAAAUGCAUGAAGACGAAUCUGAUUCACACAGUAGUAACUCCGGAGAAAGAUACGGUUCUCCCGGUUCAGAUACUGGCUCUGUUUUUUCUAGUCCCGGAAGAAUAAAGACUAAACAAAGAAACGGUUUUACAAUUGAGAGUCAGGAUAUUGCAACAACAGCAGCAGCAACAACAACUACGGAAGCAGUUACAGAAACUAGCACAGACACAAACUUGUUAGAUUGGCACAAUUCAAGUAACGAAAAGACUUGGGAAGCAGAAAAUCUGCAGUUGGACAUAGAUGACUUGGACUCGAUAUUGUUAGAUUUUGAUGAGGCAGAGAUAUUACCGAUUGUGGAUGUGCUCACCAUCAAAGGGCAAUUCAGCUCAAGUGACGUGAAUCUCACCAGGGUGCGCAUACCAGAACUUGUCCCAUUACUGUGA